ACAUGUGGGAUCUGUUGUUGCGCAAUCCUGUGGAAGUUGUAGUUCGACAGUCAACUUGUUUGCAUCACUGGUCAUGACUCAUACAGCAACGGCGCUGCCUGGACAGCUUGAGUGAUGGCGGAGGGGAGGAGUGGAGAGGACAUUGUUUCAGAGUACCUGGACCAGAACCCUCACCUGGUCGAGUGGGUGGAGUCACUCCGAGGAGGGCAUGAGACCAACAAGCAGUGGCAUGCCAGACGAGAGUUUUUCCUGAGGAACAUGGAGACGUUCCCCACAGUCCAGCCGGGCUUCCCCAGCCCCAGUCUGGACAGGCUGCUCUCACUGUCCAUAUGCUGGGCCAACCACAUCUUCUUGGGCUGCAGAUACCCUCAACCUGUCAUGGACAGGAUCAAGGAAAUGGCAGAGGGAGUGGUUGUCAAUGAUGCUCCAGUUCGAAAGACCAGAGAUGAAAUCUUGGGGAAAGGAAAGAGGACUGCAGGGGGCGACGACGACAGCUGCGCCAAGCGGACCAAGCCUGGGAACCCCUUCAAGCAAGGCCCACCCCCGCAGGCACCUGCCGAGCACCAGCCCUUCUUCAACCGCCUCUACAAGGCUGUGGCGUGGAAGCUGGUGUCGGCAGGGGGCUUCGGCCCCAACCUGGACCACUUUGAGAUCCUGCGUGCCUGCACUGAGUCGUCCAAAGAGAGCCUGAGCUGCGUCUUUGUGCCCCUGAAGGACAUCCCCGACCUGCCUGCGGCGCGCUCCCAGAAGGAGGGCCAGGUGUGCGAGCUGCGCUGCCAGACAGUCUAUCUGGGCACAGGCUACGGGCGUGACGAGGCAGCCGCCAGGGCCAUGGCAUCCAAGGAGGCCCUCAAGCCUUCCAGGGGCGCAAGAACGGUGCCUAUCCAACGCCUCCCUCACACCGCUGGAAUCUGUCCUCUGCAGGUGAAGCAAGUGUUGCCGGGAAGAAUCCCUACUCAGUUGUCUUUUAUCUCGCUGAUUCUCAGGGGGCGACGACGACAGCUGCGCCAAGCGGACCAAGCCUGGGAACCCCUUCAAGCAAGGCCCACCCCGCAGGCACCUGCCGAGCACCAGCCCUUCUUCAACCGCCUCUACAAGGCUGUGGCGUGGAAGCUGGUGUCGGCAGGGGGCUUCGGCCCCAACCUGGACCACUUUGAGAUCCUGCGUGCCUGCACUGAGUCGUCCAAAGAGAGCCUGAGCUGCGUCUUUGUGCCCCUGAAGGACAUCCCCGACCUGCCUGCGGCGCGCUCCCAGAAGGAGGGCCAGGUGUGCGAGCUGCGCUGCCAGACAGUCUAUCUGGGCACGGGCUACGGGCGUGACGAGGCAGCCGCCAGGGCCAUGGCAUCCAAGGAGGCCCUCAAGGCCUUCCAGGGGCGCAAGGUGACGGUGAAGAUCUGCCGGCGGCGGUUCAAUGGUAGGGAUGUAGAGGAUCUGGUGCUGCUGGAUGAUCAGCCCAGGAACCCAGGCUUCCCUCCCGCUAUCAGCUACCCCUUCCAGCCAGAGCAGCAGGGAGACGGGCCGUCGUAGCACAGCCAUGGGUCAUAGAGUAUCCUACGGGGGCCUUUCCAGGGUCAUGUUCAGUAGGCAUCAAAAUGUAGUAAAAUGGGGACGUAGGAAUGGGGGUUUGAAAUAAUUUCAAAUUUGAAUAGUAUAAUGAAUUUUUGUCAGAUAUUCGAAAUACAUGUGUUAUUGUUUUUUUUUUACCUGAGCACUGCUGCGGGAGGGAGAGAGGCUGGCGCUCUAUUGCUGCAGCUGCAGAGGGGGCGAACAGGUGGAUGGAGGGAGAGAGAGAGACACCAAGGCAAUUCAAUGUUAUUUAUUAUCCUAUAUAACAGUGCCUGUCUUGACUGGAGUAGCCUAGAGAAGCUAGCCAGCUAUAGCUAGCUAGGCUAAUUGAGGCCACAUGCUGUGCUUUUUCCCCAACCCCAUUCAGAUAAAACAACAGCCUACCUGUUGGUUGUUAUUCUUUCUCAUUUCGCUACAUUUUAAUUCAGUAAUUUUAUUCCAUCUUGCAUUGCAUAAGUGAACUUUCAUUCCACUUGUUACACAUUUAGCCUCUUUUCCACGUUGAUUGGCCUACAUAAACAACAAGCUACACAUGGCUGCCGGUCUUUUUAUGAGGUGCACUGUGCACGUCAUAAAAACAACAUAAAAAAGUUAGUUUUAUUAAAUUAGUAAUUUGAAAUGGCAUGGUAUAUCCUUGUAUGUAACAAUGUCCCAUGGAUAUUUUAAUUUAGAAAAAUAAUUUUCUGUGUAAAAUAGGCCUAUAUUUCUUUCUUCUCACAAAAUUGUAUACUCACACAAGUAUUCGAAUACUAACGUCUGUUCGAAUAUUCGAAUAACCAUGCACAUCCCUAACUGGGAGGAACUACCUCUCCUGGUCCAAUAAUACAUGCUAAUUUCAGUUUCUCGUUCCGAAACGUUUUGCUACUGUGUGCCCUAAUGAACACGGCCCUGGUAUUUAGAAGUUGUGUGGGUUUGAAUGGAGCUGCUCUAUGAGUCAUACAGUACCACUGAAUGGAUGGACUCAAUGCAUCACCACGACUUAAUAGUUUUUAUGCUUUUAUUAUUCUUGAGGAGCGUAUACCCAGUUCUUGUUCCAUAGGUGAUUUGGAUUCCUUCAGAGUGGGGAUGGUAAGAAGUUUAGUCCCUUUUAGUAUCGGUUGUGCCUGUCUGCUGCCUACAACAAUGGAGAAAUGUACACACUUCGUAAGGGUGUGGUUCACAAAAUGUCACCACAUUUUCCCUCCCUUUGCUUGGGUCUAUAGUCACGCCAUGCACUUUCCUUCUAUGUCCUCUAGCUCAGGGCUCCGGGGUGAAGUUCCCCCUAGAUCUAGGAUCAGCUUCCUCUCCCUCAAUCCUAACCUUAGCCAUUAGUCAGGAAAAUGCUAAACUGACCCAGGAUCAGCCUCUAGGUGCAACUUAACCCUACACCUAGCUCAGGACUAUGGUGGGUAGUGCGGCUGCACUGGGUCUGACCCUCAAGCCAUUUAAUCAGCUAUCUGAUUAACAACCCGACCACUAGACGAGGGACAUUUCUACCGUUAAUCAAUACCGUUAAUAACAUGCAACUAAGGAAUCCUGUGUGGCUCGUCAUUCGAGUUUUCUAUUGAUGCUUCAAAUCUCCCUGAGUGAUCACAUUACAAAUGUUGUGCUUUUUUUGUUUAAUGAAGUUACAAAGUUAGUCAUGGAAUGAGAAUGAGGUAUACUUUUGAUAAUUUAACACCGGCUCUCGUAUUUAAAAUGCACAAGUCCUCUGACAGAAUCAUUAUUUCAACUGUUGUUUUCUGUUCACAGUAGAAUGCAUUGUCACUAUUAUAACUCAGUGUGUUUGUCUGAAUACAAACGGAGGCAUCUUGUUUAGUUGUUCUGCAUGAUGUAGAUCUUGUUGAUGAUGGAACUUUGACAUUCAUUUAAAACCACUCUGUUCUAUUUUGUGUGAGGAAAGCUGUUGAGAAAAUGUCGGGUUUUGUUAUGUUUAUGAAUUGAUUCAGUAAUUCUAAAGGAGAUGAUUGGCGUUAAGCCAGGUUCAUAGAAUUGUAUGAUAUGUUUGAUAGUGCUUGAGUCUUUACAUUCAAAAAUCAUCAAUGGAAGAUCGCUGCUGUAAUGUUUUGCUUUUCAAAGCUGAAUGAUAUGAAAUGGGUUGCGUUGAUGUGUAAAUGGCCACAAUAUUUAGUGACAUUUUACAUUUCUAUGAGCGGUCCCUGUUUCUAUAUUUUUGUUAAUAAAAAUAAUUUAAGAAUG